ACCAUUGGCUAGAAGGGCUGUCAAUCAGCUUCUGUGGUCCCGCCUCCUAGCUCAAAUAUCAAGCGGUGAAUGGUCAGCAGUCGGCUGCUACUGUCUGCUCGUAACCACAGCGACUUAAUCUGGAGCUGGAUGCGUUCUGGAGGAGCCUGUUCGCGAUAACACAAAAUAAAACACUCAGCCGAACAUCUGCAGCGUUCAUGUCAUCGGAUAAAGAUGCCGCCGGCUUCGGUUAGCUCGUUUCACCUGGGCGACCGGAGAGUUUGGUCGAUGUGACAUUGCUUGAGCUUUUUGUUCUGGUCCCGGACGCAGAGCAGCGGUCGUGCUUUGAGAAGAUGAUGUUGAGUCGGCUGAUGAGUGGCAGCGUCAGAAACCUGGAGCGAGAAUUCAUGUGCACGGUCAGGCUGCUGGAUGAUACGGAGUAUACCUGCUCCAUUCAGAGGGAUGCCAAAGGCCAGUAUUUGUUCGACCUCAUCUGCCACCAUCUAAACCUGCUGGAGAAGGACUAUUUUGGCAUUAGAUAUGUCGAUCCGGAUAAGCAACGGCACUGGUUGGAGUUCACCAAGUCAAUUUCUAAGCAGAUGAAAUCACAACCUCCAUUCACCAUGUGUCUGCGGGUAAAGUUCUACCCACCAGAUCCUGCUGCUCUAAAGGAGGAGAUCACCAGGUAUCUCGUCUUCCUGCAGAUCAAAAGAGAUCUGUACCACGGUCGUCUCCUCUGCAAAACGUCUGACGCUGCCAUGUUGGCAGCUUACAUCUUACAAGCUGAGAUUGGAGACUACGACCCAGGAAAGCAUCCAGAGGGCUACAGCUCAAAGUUCCAGUUCUUCCCCAAGCACUCGGAGAAGCUGGAAAGAAGGAUUGCAGAGAUUCACAAGACCGAGUUAAUAGGUCAAACUCCAGAAACAGCUGAACUGAAGUUCCUGCAGAAAGCACAAAUGCUUGAAACAUACGGCGUGGAUCCUCAUCCGUGCAAGGAUGUAUCUGGUAACCCGGCUUUCCUCGCCUUCACCCCGUUCGGUUUUGUCGUGCUUCAGGGGAACAAAAGAGUCCAUUUCCUCAAGUGGGAUGAGGUGACCAAACUGAAGUUUGAGGGAAAGACAUUCCAUAUAUAUGCAAAUCAGAAGGAGGACAAAAAGAUCAUCUUGACAUACUUUGCACCAACUCCAGAGGCCUGCAAGCACCUUUGGAAAUGCGGUGUUGAAAACCAAGCCUUCUACAAGCUGGAGAAGUCGAGCCAGGUUCGUACGGUGUCCAGCAGUAACCUGUUCUUCAAGGGGAGUCGUUUCCGCUACAGCCUCAGGGUAGCCAAAGAGGUAAUGGAGCAGAGUGCAAAAAUUAAACGGGAACCUCCAGAAAUACACAGGGCUGGCUUGGUGCCCAGCAGAAGUUGUCCAUCCAUCACGCAUGGGCCACGGCUGAGCAGUGUCCCACGGACCCGCCGGAGAGCCGUACACAUAUCCAUCAUGGAAGGUCUGGAAUCCUUGCGGGACAGUGCCCACUCCACUCCUGUGCGCUCCGUGUCCCACAGCGAAUCCUUCAUCCCACGUUCGAGGAGCCAGGUGACGGACUCUGGCGACAGGACAGCCGUCAUCUCCGAUGAGACCUACAGUCCCUCCGACAGCGUGCUGCCCACACCGGUGGCCGAGCACAGCCUGGAGCUGGCGGUCUCGCGCCAGAUCAACGGCGCCCCCUGCAGCAUCGAGGAGGAGAAAGAAUCUGAGGCAGGCACGCCCACUGUGGGCGAUGUGGGCGAGUUAGGAGUGGACAGUAGGGCGGCGGGCCCUGUGCAGAGCGCAGGCGGGGAGGCUGCACUCAGCGAGACGGAACAGGUGAAUAAGUUUGUUUUAAGUGUACUCCGUCUGCUCCUUGUGACCAUUGGACUCCUCUUUGUCUUGCUCCUCCUCCUCAUCAUCCUCACUGAGUCCGACCUUGACAUUGCAUUUUUACGUGAUAUCCGCCAGACCCCCGAGUUUGAGCAGUUCCAUUACGAAUACUUUUGUCCCCUCAGACGGUGGUUUGCCUGCAAGCUCCGCUGGGUGGGCGGGCUGCUCAUUAACAAGUGAAAAUGAGGCACUAAAGCUCGUAAAGCCUCCCUUGUUGGGGUCGAGAAGACGCUAAACACGUGGAGAGAGAGAGAGAGACGGAGGGCAUCGACCUGUCCCAUGAACUUCUUUCAUGACACUCCUGCUGACACAUGGUGGACCACCAGGCCCACAGCUCCUCUUCUCUUCCACUUUUAGUUCUUUCUCCCCCGUCCAUUUUUACACCUUUAUUUUUGUUAUCUUUUUUUCUUUUUUACAAAGACAUUUUUUUUUUUUUUUUUGGUUUCCUUGUUUUGGAUUUCAGGUCAUUUCAGGUAUUUUAUUUUUACAAAAAAAUGAGAAAAAAAAAACAAAAUUCAAAGACUUGAGAAGAAUAUAUCGUUCCUUAAAUAGGGAAUAUGAAAUAUUUUGUUGCAACGAGAAUGUUGCAUUCAUUUAUAUUUAUUUUAAAAUAAUAAUUAUUAAAGUCUUAUUAAAGAAUGUGGUGCGUUAAGUCAAGUUGGUACGGUAGAGUGGGUUUGGAAAGCACGAGAAAGUUGAAAACCAAUGCUUUUCUGAGUUUAUGCAUAAUUCAUCCGUCAUGUAACUCUUAGUAAAUUCUGAAGGCUGCUAUAAUUUACCACAUCAACGAUCAGAUCAGCAGAGGGUUAUAUGUAAGGUAAGAUUGUGCAAGUUAUUUUGGAUGUGAGAGAUAAGGAAAGACUGAAAAUGAUGUUAUUGAUAAAAAUUGAUUGGUACAUGAGUUGUGUAUUUGGUGGCUUGAGUUUUAGGGUGUCAAAUACGUUUUAGGAAUAUAAUUGUGUUUAGGCGGUAGCAAGCUGUGAAGUACAAUUCUUUUAAAAAAAAGUUUUUUCUAAUGGAUACAGAAAAAUUAAUUGGUAUAAAUUGUGUUCUGUCAUGUGACCCAAUCGUGUCAGUAUCUCUUAAAGUUAUCAUGAUUGAUUUAAAAGCAACUAGCACCCAUAGAUCCAAUCUAGCUACAGUAGAUGUGCAAUACUGUAAGGGUUUAAUUUUUAAGUAAUAAGUGCAUAAUUUUUUUGAGUAUGUGUAUUUGCUUUAUUAUAAUUAUUUUUUAUUUUCCAUUCUUAAUUUUCUAUUCUCAAUAGAAAAAAAAUCCCACUGUAUAAAAUAAUCUUUCUUUUUUUUUUUUUUUAUUCCAUAUCGACCUUGGUUUUAUGUUUGUAUUCUGUGGAAAUCAUGCUAUGAUUAUUCUUAAUUACAAUAACAAUGCUGUACUUUUUGUACAAAAAGUAGUUAGUUUCCUAAUAUAUCAACAGUUUUUCCAUGUAUAUUUUAACAGAAACUGAAAUGUUAUUUUGUUAUUGAAAAUUAAAUUAUACCUUUUUUAGCUCUGUGUUCCAGAUGAGGUCUAGAAUCUAUGGCCUUUCUGUCAAGUGAGACAUGGGAAAGAUUUUAAUCCAGAUCUACAAUCCAUUUCCAAUUCACUCACUUAAUCAGUAAUGAGAAAACCAUCCCUGUCCUUUGUAUAUUGGCCUUGCAUUCGAACAAUACUGAUGACUUUAUACACAGUUUAGCCAAAAUACUGUGUGUAUGUUUGUGUGUGUAUGCUCAGACAUAUCUGAAUUAAUUGUUGUUUUGGGCAAUAUGUACUAGAAGGCCAGGUUUAGUCUUCAGUACACCAAGUCCUGAUUAGUCUUUAUGAUUUAUUUGAAGACAGAAGAUUCUUCCAGUGGCAUGCAAGUUGGAUAGGGGUUUUAUUUUACCAUACAUAAUCUAUUUUAUGCCUGCCCCUUUGAAACUGCUAUUGAUGUACUUGUUUUUGUAUUUGAGAAAGUGAAAAAUAGAGGAAGUGAAUGCAAAAUGCAGAAGGAGUGGAAUUAUUUUUGUGUACAGUGAAAAAGAGACCAGGGUUGAGAAACAAGCUAUUGGUAAUUAGGGGAUGUUUGAGAUCUUACACUGGUACUCACAAUAAUUGCAGCUUUUAGCAUUAGUUUGUGUUAGCUAACAAGCUUGGCUUUACUAGUACAGUUAUUUUAAAUGAACAGGCUUCAAUCCACCAAUCAUAAUCUGACGUUGUGCCAGAAUCACUAUGGUGCUAGUGAAUAAAUGACGGCUGAGAUGUUUUAGGAAGCAGCUGACUGUAACAGUAAUAGGUUUUACUAGCUGAAUUGUGCAGUCAUGUCACAUGCCUUUAUAACCAUUUGGAAGAACGGCUGUCUUCCAUAGACCACCGGAGCUGAAACUGUUUUUUGCUACGAUGAACAAAUAUGAGGCGCAUGGAAAACCGUAGCAGAAACUGCUGAAACACAUGAAAAAGAGAGAGGGCCAUUGGAGUUAUGCAUGUCUCUUACCUUGACAAGUAUUCAUGCAUGUAUUUAUAACAUCUCUGAUGUGCCAAAUUAUAACAGCGUUGUGGUGGCACAAGUCCAUUUAUAUUUUUGUAGAAUCUGAUCAAACAGUUGUUUUUACAGUACAAUAAUGCAACGGUGUUGCUCUGAUGAGUACUUGCAUGCCAUUGAUGAUGGGGUUUGAUUCAGAAUAUCAAUAAAUGGAUUUUGAGCUGAG